AUGGACCCUGUAUUGGUGAUUGGAGGCUGCGGCGGGCUGGGUCACACUAUUGUCAGGCAGCUGCUAGAGAAAGGAGACGCAUCAGACGUGACGGUGUUCGAUAUCGAGACCAAACGGAACAUCGUAGAGGGGGCCAAGUACUUCAAGGGAAGCAUUGGUUGCAAGGAAGAUGUCCAAAGGGCCCUUGAACGAGUCAAGCCUCGGACCAUCUUCCACUCAGCCUCGCCUCUGCUGAUGCAGCAGAAGAAUACCCAGCGCCUCUACGAGAAGAUAAACAUCGAAGGCAAUCGAUAUCUACUGGAUGCCAUCCAGGGCGUGCAAACAGUUCGCGCUCUGGUCUACACAUCGAGCUCAUCCGUGGUUCACGAUGGCUUCUCUGACAUCGUGGAGGCCACCGAAGACCUGCCCAGGGUCUUCUACCCAGAGCAGCCGGAGUUCUACUCCCACACCAAAGCGAUUGCAGAGGAGAUGGUCGUCGCCGCCAACAGGACAAACGGCCUCCUGACGGUCGUCCUGCGCGGCACGACCCUGUUCGGCGAGGGAGACAGCCUCACCAUCCCCCGCAUGGUCAGCGGCGCAAAGUCAGGCAGGAAUAAAAUCAGAGUGGGCGACGGGAAGAAUCUGUUCGACUUUACGUAUCUGGGCAACUGUGCCUACGCCCACAUCCUUGCGGCGAAGGCGCUGGUUUCAAUCGAUCCUGCUGCGCCUCUUCCACCGGCCGAUAAACGAAUUGACGGCGAGGUUUUUGUGGUCACUAACGACGAACAUAUACCCUUCUGGGAGUUCGUUUACGCCGUCGGCGAUGCGGCCGGAUAUCCCACCAAGAGAGAAGACAUCUGGCAGGUCCCGUCCGCUCUCUUCUUUGCCGUUCUCGUUAUAGCUGAGUGGGCUGUCUGGGCCGUGAGCCUGGGUACGAGAGAGUCGAGUCUCAACCGCAAAAUGGUCCGCUAUCUGUCCAUGACCAGAACCUUUGACAUCUCGAAGAUCAAGACCCGGCUGGGUUAUCGACCGCUGGUUGGGCAGCAGGAUGCCAUCAAGCGCACCGUUGCCGCCUACAUGCAAGAGCAGUCCUCGAACAAUGCUAAUAACUAG